AAAUCCAGAUAAUUUUGCAUCAUGGCUACUUAUACCAAUGCUAAUGAAAAUGACUGGUACUUGUCUAAAGUGUAAAACGGUCCUACAAUUUUGUACGCACGGGGAAAAACAAAAAAUUUGGAACUUUCGUGAAAUGAUUUUACCGAAAUACUGAGAUUUAUUCGCUUUGAUAAAAAAAAAAAAAAAAGUGACAAAGUCCAAUGUUUACAAACAGAUAAAUUUGCUUCGAUAUCAGCUAUAUAGGAUAAGUUUGUACAAAAUAGUCAGAGUUGCUAGAACUAAGUGCAAAUAUUACAAUUGACGAACAACUCUUUGCAUCUAAAGCCAGAUGCAGAUUUAUAUUCAAUAAACCUGACAAAUCUAGUAUUAAUUAUACUAUGUAACAUGGGAUUUCUUUUGCAAGAAAAUAGCAAAUCAAUAAAUAUAAAAAUAUUCUGUUAUUUUUUAAAGUCAUUUCGAC